GGGGUUGUAGCAGCUCAGACCCGGCUGCGGGCAGCAAGGCCCGACGGAAAGGGUCGGGGAGGCGGGGUGGCUCUGGAGGAGGUUCCUCUGGAGGGGCCCCUCAGGGAGGAAGGGCCCUGGGAAGGUGCUCCUUGGCGGGCAGGAGCUGUGAGACGUCCCCAGCGUCGGGCGCUGUUCAGUAGGUGGGUGCGCUGCCCUCACCGCGGCACAGACCUCGUUCAGAGCCGUAAUAACGCCCUGGCAGCCUCGGCAAGCCGGUUGGAUUUUCCCCAUCUUACAGCACCUCGCAGGUCUCUUCUCUGAGCAGUACGUUGCCAGAGUGAGUGGAAACGUACAGAUCAGCUGCAGGUUUCUGUCUACAAAAACAGAGUGAAAGAGAAAGAAAAGGGUUGGGAAAGCAGAGACAAAUAUUGACCUGGACUUACAGAAAGACAUCCAAUGGCUGAAUAAAGAACCCCUGUUCAUGUUUUGGGAUAUUCUUUCAACUGACUGGAACGAGAGCGGAUCAAAAGAAUGGGAAAUGCCAGCAGACCCUUUAGAAGAAUUGCUUAUUUCUUAUGCCUUUUAUCUGUGCUUUUGCUGACUGAAGGGAAGAAACCAGUGAAGCCAAAAUGUCCUGCCUGGUGUACUUGUACCAAAGAUAAUGCUUUAUGUGAAAAUGCCAGAUCUAUUCCUCGCAGCGUUCCGCCUGAUGUUAUCUCACUAUCCUUUGUGAGAUCUGCUUUUACUAAAAUCCCAGAAGGGAGUUUUUUGCUCACACCAUCUCUGCAGCUUCUGUUGUUUACAUCCAACACUUUUGACGCUAUUAGUGAUGAUGCUUUCAUGGGCCUUCCUCAUCUAGAAUAUUUGUUUAUAGAGAACAACAGCAUUAAGUCAAUUUCAAGAAAUACUUUCAGAGGACUGAAAUCUUUAAUUCACCUGAGUCUCGCAAAUAAUAAUCUCCAAUCGCUUCCAAAAGACAUAUUCAAAGGCUUGGAUUCUUUAACAAAUGUAGAUCUUAGAGGCAAUGCAUUUAAUUGUGACUGCAAACUGAAGUGGUUAGUGGAAUGGCUGGGCAGCACCAAUGCAACAGUUGAAGACAUUUACUGUGAGAGCCCACCAGAAUAUAAGAAGCGCAAAAUCAAUAGCCUGUCUCCAAAGGAGUUUGAUUGCAUUAUUACAGAAUUUGAAGUUUAUCAGUCCCUGCCAUACCAAUCUCUGUCAGUAGAUACUUUCUCAUACAUGAAUGAUGAACAUGUGGUUAUUGCUCAGCCUUUUACUGGAAAAUGCAUCUUUCUUGAAUGGGACCAUGUAGAAGUGAUGUUCAGGAAUUACGACAACAUUACAGGUACUUCAACUGUUGUAUGUAAACCUAUAGUUAUUGAGAGUCAGCUGUAUGUCAUUGUUGCACAGCUGUUUGGAGGCUCCCACAUAUAUAAAAGAGAUAUUUUUGCUAAUAAGUUUAUAAAAAUUCAAGAUAUUGAAAUCCUUAAAAUCCGAAAACCCAAUGACAUUGAGACUUUCAGGAUUGCUGAAGACUGGUAUUUUGUUGUGGCAGACAGUUCAAAGGCUGGUUUCACCACGGUUUACAAGUGGAAUGGGAAUGGAUUUUAUUCCCAUCAGUCUCUGCAUGCCUGGUACAGAGAUACUGAUGUGGAGUAUCUUGAAAUAUCUGGCAAACCUCAUUUAAUUCUGUCAAGUAGUUCCCAAAGACCUGUAAUAUAUCAAUGGAACAAAGGAACAAAUGAAUUUGUUAAGCGUUUUGAUAUCCAAGAUAUGGAAGAUGCAUAUGCAGUGAAACAUUUCAAAGUGAAAGAGGAUGUAUACAUUUGCUUAACAAGAUUUAUUGGGGACUCUAAAGUAAUGAAAUGGGGUGGUUCAGCAUUUCUGGAUUUACAAAGGAUGCCAUCCCGAGGGUCAAUGGUAUUCCAGCCGCUUCAGAUAAGUAAUUAUCAAUAUGCCAUUCUUGGAAGUGAUUAUUCUUUCACUCAAGUCUAUUAUUGGGAUGCUGAAAAGGCAAAAUUUGUGAAGUUUCAAGAAUUAAACGUACAGGCACCAAGAUCUUUCAUACAUGUCUCCAUCGAUAAACGAGAUUUUCUCUUUGCUUCAAGUUUUAAGGGGACUACAUUGAUCUAUAAACAUGUCAUAGUUGACUUAAGCGCAUGACACUCAUAAUUCUCAGAUUACAUCAGACUUUCUACCAUAAGUGGACAAAAUGAACUAAAUGCAUGAUGACUCUUAUCUUACUUCCAAAUGAAUGCCUUUAAAAGUUGAGAUUGCUAGAACAAAGUAUUACUAGUAUCUUCAUCUUUAAUUGUCAAGUCUAGUGGUGUUGGAAGUUGCAUUUUUUAACAAAAAGAAAUGAAAUUAACUGUUCUUUGCAUCCACAAUAUGUAAAUAUGUGCACAACUGCAUCUGUUGCUAUAAAGAAUAUUAAGAUGUACUUUUCCAUUUAUUUAUUCACCUGUUUGAAACAACUGCCAAAUAAAAUGUUUACAUUUUGUGUCUUUCACACCCCAA